AUGAUAAAACUAAAGCCCAAACGUGGACAAAAAUUGGAUGUCCAUAAGAUAUCCCGUAAAGGAUAUCCGUUCAAGGAAGUCAAAUGUGCAUAUGUUGUAUUACUCAUGGGUGGUUACUGGGUAACCGAUUGCUUCCCCAUGGCAGUGACAUCGCUCAUUCCGGUAGUCCUGUUCCCAGCUUUGGGGAUACUCAGUACAGCAGAUACAUGCACUUGUUACAUGAAUGACACAAUAAUGGUGUUCAUUGGUGGUUUGAUUCUCGCUAUUGCUAUCGAGCACAGUAAUCUCCACCUUAGAAUUGCCCUCGGAGUUAUGAAGACAGUUGGCUGUAGCCACGCACGAUUGCUUGGUGGCAUAUGUGUGGUCACAACAUUUAUAUCCAUGUGGGUGUCAAAUACCGCGGCCACUGCUAUGAUGGUGCCCAUAAUAUUUGCUGUUUUGAGCGAAUUGGAACAA